UAUCAACUGGAGAAAGCAGGCAACGGUACACCGGACCUCACGUGAGAUAACAGUUCGCGCCUUAAUCAAAAACACAAAAACACAGCUAACAAAAAGGCUAACAAAAGUGGUGAACAGCGGCUUCCGGACCUUCUCCGAAGUGUUCUGUGUGUUAUCUCUCUCUCUUUUACCACUUAACACUUAACGGUGGCAAGUGUCGUCAAGGGGCAGACAGGCAAGUGUGCAGGAAAGCUGACACAAGCAACGCCAUUCCCCCUUGGCCCGUCCGAGUCGAGUCAGCACACUCCACCACACCGCCCCGCGCGCACCGCCCCGCGCGCCCCGCCCCGACACGCGCCCACAUCGCCCACUGUCGGGAUCCCGCUUCCCAAUUCUGGGACGCCCACUUGUCUGCCUACGACACAGUCAUUCGUGGGUGGGCGCUCACCUUCGCCUUGGUGGAGAUCUUGGUGGAGCGUGGUCGCUCCUCCGCCCCUUCCUCACCGCUGCCAGCCGCUGCCGGGCACUGCCGGCGGUCUCUCUGGCCGCUCCAAGGACGCGGGGGCAGCCAGCCAAGGACGGGGACAGCCAGCCAAGGACGAGGGCGAGCCAGCCGAGGACGAAGGAGUGCCACGGGCACAAUCUUCACACUUUUUUUUAUGGUCAGUCUGAUAAAGAGAUAGACAUUUUGGCCAAGGAGUUCCAGAAGUUGAUGCAGGAUUCGGAAGCGCCCGCCGAGGAUGACAAUUCCCGUGUCCUAAGGAGCGGGUCAACUCAUGACAGAGUUCCUCCUCCUCCUCCUUCUUCUCUCCCGCAUGAUAACAAAGGAAAUGUUGUCCCUCACCUUCUACUUCCUUCUGCGCUCCGUUCUGGCUGCAGACCCUGCGCACCUCAAGCCGGGUGCCCUCUCUGCUCAUUUGGGCCGGGUUUCUCUGGUCGAGGAUGUCCUGUGGGUCCAGUACCCGUUUACUGCUCUGGUGGAAAUACCAGGCACACUGAGGACAAUAACGGAACAAGUGACUGGGGUUGUGUUGCAGAUGGAUAUCAAUGCUCCUGAAGACGGUCUCCUGCGUCUGAUGCAUGACCGCAUAAAGUACUUGAAUGAUACUCUAACCGUGGCUUUGGAGAACUACGCAGCUCUUUCGUUUCCUAACCGUACUAAACGGGGCUUGAUUGAUGGGAUUGGGCAACUUUCCCGCAUGUUGUUUGGAACCGCAAUGGAUGAGGAUGUGGAGGAACUGCGGGAUAGGUAUAACCGUUUGGUUUCACUUGCUGCUACUCAACACAAAACCAUUAGGAUGAAUUCCUUCCACAUUUCCAGACUUGAGCAUGCAGUACAGGAUAUUGCUUCUUAUUCCCGAACCUUAGGCUCUUCCAUUAAUGAGUUGUGGACCGGCAUGGCUAAUAUGUACCAAAUGGAACUUGUUCUACAAACCUUGCCUGCCUUGGAGAGUGCAGUCAACUCUAUCCUCCAUACUAAUGCUCUGGUAAUACAGAAUGUAGUGGAUGCAGACUGUGGUAGGGUUACCUCUUCUCUUUUUCCUGUCAGGGAUUUGCAAAAGGCUUUGAAAAUAGGAGUAGAGAACCACCAACUAACACCUUUGUUUGACAUGCAUGCCAUACACCACUACUAUCCCUUGCUUGAGUCAUUCCUGACGUCGGAAGCUAUAGUAAUUCACGUUCCCUUCAGGUCAAAGGAUGUGUUUGAGGUUUAUCAGCUGGAACCUUUCCCUUUCUCAGUCAAUAACUCGGUGAUGGUGCUGGACUUACCUGCCACAGUGGUCUUAAUUCGUAAUGAUCUAUCGCUUUAUGCAACGGGCCAGCCGUCAGACCUAGGGUCCUGCAAAACAGAGUAUCACAAUCUCUAUUUUUGCUCAGCGUCACUCUUUGCAUUCCUCCCGUUGACAGGUGGUAUCUGCGAGGUGGUGCUGACCCAGUCGGAUGCUUCUAAAGCUCUAGAGACUUGCCCCUAUCGUCACGUCGCCCCUAAAUCGCUUUUCCACAGGAGGUUCUCCGGAUUUCACUACUUCUUUUUCACACUACCAGUGUUUGUGACAGUGGUCUGUCCCGAAGGUUCAACUUAUAGAGAGGUUGCAGGUCACCUGGCGGUACGGGUGGCUUGUUCCCUACGUUCUGUCAAUUUGACAACCUUUCCGGAGACGCUCCAUCAUGGAUUUGCGGCCACAAAUGCCAUCCCAAUCUAUCCUAUUGACAGUUUAGUGAAUCUCACCUUUUCUAGAAUGAAGUAUGUGACAAAUAGCCAUUCCGAGCUAACCUUUUCAAAUUUCUCGGAAUUAGAGUCAGCUGUCCAUGACUCUCUACCGGUUUACCUUGCCCCAUAUGUACAUUACCCAUCACUGAUCUUGCCGGUGGUUCUUUUUAUCAUCAUUGUCAUCCCCCUGUUCUGCCUUGUUAAGCGGGCUCUGACUUUGUACAACCAUCUUCAGGCAAGAGUUGCCCCACCGCGCUGAGUUCGUACGCAUUGUGACUCGAAGAUUCAGUUUGUAUCAAAUCUUCUUCACGGAUUUUUUUUUCUUUUCUUCUUACUAUUCCACAUAGCUCCGUUACCAUGUAUCCUAAUGACAAUUUAGUCAAUUUGUUUUUUUUUAGGAUGUAUUUUGUAAAUAACUAUUCGAGCUAUUGUUUUGUUUUCUCGGAAUAGUGCUGAGCUUCCACGUCCACGACUCUAGCCCUGUUUACCUCGCCCUGUAUGUACUUUGCCCAUUUAUUGUUACUUCCAUGAUUAUUUUUCUUGUCAUUGGCAUUUCCCGAUGUUGUAUCGUUAGGCGGGCUCUGACUUGUAUAUAUUUUUUUUACAUGCAACCAUAAUAGGCCCUCGUUUAACUAGUACACA